AUUCGACCAAGUGAACAUAAACGUAACAAACAGGAGAGAUAAUUUAUAAACAAUCACAAAUGGAGAAAUCUGAAGACGAUUAUCACAAAUUGGUGCGUGAUGUUCAGCUGUUGCUGCAGCAGCAGAAUGAGCAGCACCAGCGUCAGAUGCAGUUGCUGCAGCAACAGCUGCAACAGCAGCAGGAACAGCAACUGCUACAACUGAGGGAGGAGCUCCUCUCUCAGCGUGGACAGGUCGAUCUGCCGAGGGAGGAGCCCCUCCCUCAGGACCAGGAGAUGAAGGCGGCGGAGGGGGCGGAGGAGGGGGCGGCGAGGCCUCCGCGAAGUAUGUAUUACAGAUUACUCUUUACUAUACUAUGA